AUUAAACUUGUGGAGAAAGCUGAAAACUUGGAGGAAGAAUGGCGACAGUAACCGAUCUACCGGAUGAUUUGGUAAGAGAAAUAUUUUCUAGGGUUCCAUUGACAUCUCUAAGAGCAGUGAGAUCUACUUGUAAAAAGUGGAACGCUAUAUCGAAAUAUGACAUCUUAGGUAAAAAAGCAGCAGCAAAGAAUCAGUUCUUGGAGUUCAUGGUUACAGAUUCUAGGGUUUGUUCUUUGAGAUUAGAUCUUCAAGGAAUCCGUAGCGAAGAAGAUUUGAUUGAUCUAUCUAUAAAGCAAAUAAGUAUACCUAAUAAAGUUGAUCAAGUCGAGAUAUCUCAAGUCUAUCACUGUGAUGGCUUAUUGUUAUGCAUCGCCAAAGACAACUCGAGUGUUAUGGUAUGGAAUCCGUAUUUAGGGCAGACGAAAUUGAUUCAACCAAGAAAAAAACUCCACAGAUAUGACAAGUUUGCUCUUGGAUACGACAACAACCGUAACCACAAAAUUUUGAGGUUUCUUUAUGAGGGGAGUCCAAGAAACGUCAUUAUUGAUGUUUACGAUUUUAGCUCUGAUUCAUGGAGGGUUCUUGAUAUUGAUAUAGAUUGGCAUGAACUGUUUAGUCACAAUAGCGUGUCUUUGAAGGGAAAUACUUACUUUUUUGGUCGAAAGGGACCACGUUUGCCUAUGCUGUUUAAACCUCCAUCUCGUCGUUUUGAAUAUUUGACUCUAUCUUGUGUUAGAAAUGAGAAACUCGCUGUGUUAUACAGCCACCUCAACAGAUUUGGCACAAUAGAGAUUUGUAUUUCGACUAAGAUUGAUCCCAGUGCAGUAUCAUGGACCACUUUUUUGAGAAUUGAUAUGACACUAAUCAAUGGUUUACCGGAUAACUUUUUUGUUCACUCUUAUGCUACGAGCUUUUUCUUCGAUGAGGAGAAGAAGGUCGCUGUGCUUUUCGGUACAAACAGAUAUAGAGGACGUGAGACCUGUCAGUACUACCAGAGAGCUUGCAUCGUUGGAGAUAGUGGAUACUUCAAAGCUGUCAACAUCGAACUAGUUUUCAAUUCACAGCUGCAAUCUUGCCAACUUGUGAGCUCUUCUUAUGUUCCAAGUUUAGUGCAACUGCAAGAUUAGUCCGUUUUCUUUAAACAUUUUAUUUGUUUUUUGCGUUGAACAAGACUGCUUUUAGGUUGAAGAAAUAGUUGAUAGAAGUUUCAUUUUCUAUGAAGGCUGAUUUUUUUGUUUCUUGCUUUGAACAAGACUGCUUUUAGUUCUAAAGAUCACCAGAGAACAGUUUAUCUAGGGUUUUCAGGAAUUAAUCUAUAGAGAGUAACAAAGUUUUU